UGCGUUCCCAGCCGGGCGCGUUUAGCAACCACCCGACUCGAUUAACACCACCUUCGAUGACCGACAUCAUCGCCCACCGCUCAUGCUCGCAAACCACACAGCACCGCUUCGGUUACCCGCUUCGGUUACUCGCUGAUCGAAGGUAGCAAUCAUGACCGACCGAGCAUACUUCCCUCCCUUGGAGCAAUGUUUGACUGGCGAAAACGCCCUGCUGUCGUGGAAACAUGUUGCUUGCGCGCUCUCCGUCGAUUCACCAGACCGUCUGACUACUCCGGCCGUCUCCAAUUUUCUGAAGGAUCCAUUUGUCCACGAAUUAGUGAAGGAUCCGUCCAAGGUUUUCGAGCAGCCGACCGCUCGAUCCAAAUCAGAGUUCGAGACCAAGACAGCCGCCAUAAACGUCACGCCGACCCCGAACGACAAGUAUGACAUCAGCACGAUCAAAGCCGAUGCGCAAUGGCUUAGCCAAAACGCAAAGGUCAACGAGUCCGCCGCCUUGCGGGUGGUGGUCAUUGCUUUUCAUUCUCGAGCCCAUAGCCAUCUGAUGGGGCCUCUCUCCAUCCAAGACUUUGUGAACUUGCAAGAAGCUGCCGGUGUGCGUAAUGGACAGGCCUCGGCCAUCCUGGGCUCUGUCGACACGUCGACCACCGUCGACGCCGAGACGAUCUGGGCCGAGUUUGAGACGGUGGAGAGUCGGCGCCGACAUCUUCUCGCGACCUACCUCUCGGAACGCCGCUCGUUCACUAUAACUGCGGACUUCUUGAUGACUUUCUUGUUGCACAGCCAACGGACAGUGGCUGGCUCGGAGUCCGACGCGCUACGCCGAGCUGUUUUGAAGGAAGCAUUCGCCUUCGACGAAGAGACCGAUGUCAACAUAGCGACCUUUGAGGCUCUUAUACCGAGAUAUUUUGGGCUUCUGGGGAAGUUUCUUGAAAACCCGCAGACUGUGUUGCCGUCAUUCGACUCUCAGAUCCUCACAGCGGACUUGGAAACGGACUGGAUGCGGACCUCGUUAACCGAAGCCAUUCAUUCCAUGAGCCUUGCCUUUCAGAUCCUGGAUCUUGCCGGUCAGAGAUUUGCAAACCCCGACGUGGUAUCACAAUGGUUUCAACUCACGGCAAAGUACCGCUUCUUCGACCAGUUGCGAUGUCCCGACGAAUCAGUCUCAGAAUUGGUCCUGCCAUUGCGUAGCAUCGUCUGCGUAAUCUCGUUGAGCCUCAUCAACCUCGGCAAGUCGAUUGCUUACCUCGACCAAGAUGCAGACCUCGAUGAAAACGAAGACCCGUAUCUUGCGUCUCCUGAAGUCCUGGGCACGAUUCAUAACACGGUCUGCGGUGCAGCGGACGCGAACAUAGCGACAGCCAGCCCGGUCAUAUUCGCAUGGAGCCUGGUUCUCCAGAAGAUGUACGUCGCGUACCAAGAAAGGGCCGAGAGACGAGAUCUGGCCCAGAACCAGCGAGCUCAGGAUGGCUUUGAGUUGGAGAACCACCCCUACCCCACUGGCCGAAGGAAUUCUGCUGGAAGUAUCGUGUCGAUCGAGAAGUCACCCUACGAUCUCUUCCUUGCCACCUCGUCGUUGGACCGAGAUAUACAACCCGUGGAGCAACUUGCCAUGGCAGCGACUUCACGUGGUCUGGUCUACGAUAUGAUCACCGACAUGGCUCUGUGCAUGGGAAACAACCAACAGGCGGCUUUCCGGCCAGUCGUCGGGUCCCGAGCGAGAAUGGUCUUCUUGGGGCUGCUGAAAAUAAGCUUUCCGGUCGUUGGUUACCUAUCGGAACCGGUGACAGCUUUACUGCCUGUUCUUUCUGGAGGACAACAAUAUUGGGAUCUUUCGAAUGAGACAGCUCUGGCCCCGGAAAGGGAAGUAACUGCUCUAGCCUUGAGGGACCCUUUUCUUCUCGAGUCCUACGUUUCCCAGUCGCUCCAUCGAUACCCUUACGAGUUUCUCCCCUUCACCAACCUUUGCCGGAUCCUUUCCUCGUCUCUGUGUUCAGAUGACAGGACGGAACUCUUACUAGACUUCCUCCUCAAAACGCCGAGCUUGACAUUUGAGUUCGACAACGAGUGGGACAAUUACGAGCUUGCACAUGAAGUCGAUAACUCAAACACCAUUCGCCUUCUCACGGAUGAAUGUUUAUUCACGCCCUCAUCUGCGAGGAGGCGACACUUGUCCAGCGAAGAGUCAUUCCGCAUCCCAUCCGGCACAUACGGCCGCUUCGUUACCGAUGGCGGCAAGGUCGUCCUGCUGGAGUAUGAGCAUUCCACCCUCGCCCUCCUGGGCAAACGCCUCGAGGUUAAUACCGCCACCGAUGCGUACAGGCGCAAGCCACUCGGGUUCCUUGAGCCUGAAGAGACGGCAGAAGCGAUAAAUCUUCUGGCUACUCUCUUGAGGGUCACAGUCCUAAAGGCACCGGCUCCUGCCUCCGGGGCGGUAUCAGAAGCCGGACUCAGACUCCUGAAGGAGGCAAGCAGGGCCCUCCCCCGUACAAAAGACAUCAUCACUGUCAUCCAUGACACCCUGGACAGCGUAAUCCAGGAUGAACUCACAGAUUCCGAGGGUGCGGAUAUAUCCGUCGUUUCCUCUUGCUUGCGCUUCCUUCAUGCCCUCUUGCCUCUUGCGCCAGGCCGCGUCUGGUCGUACAUGGCUCGCUGCGAGCUCCUGAACAGUGAAUCGAGGGCGGGGCGCCUAUCACGAAUCACUGGAAACCUGGAUAUGCUCUCGGAAAGAUAUGACCUCCUCGUCUCUUCAACCCACCUCUUCUCGAGCCUGGUCAACAGCGUCAUGACCAGUGCCGCUCAGCGCAAAAUCGGAACCAGACCAUCCAGCCGACAGGAAGUCGUCGACGAUCCCUGGUUGGGCGUCUCGGAUAAGAUACUUGCACGAGUAUGCCUCUCGAUAGCCCAGACAUCUGUUGAUAUCUACGAGAACUCGGCCACGUGGAGAUUCUCUUCCGAAGUCCACCGCAGUGUCGUAGUGAGGGAUGUAGUCGGGAUAAUGAACGACCUGAUAACCUUCUCGUUUAGCACUGGCGCUCCAGACGGUUCGAAAGGCUUAACGGCUUCCCUAGUACCAGCUGCAAAAUACGUUGUCGACAGUUUCCUGUCUCCCUCGGCCGGGACGUUGAGAUUCCAACCCCUCCUAGCCAGCCUUUUGGUAGCCUUCCAGAUCCCGGACACGACUUUUUACCCCCGACGAGAGCAGAUCUUGACCGACCGGCUGCUUGCCGUCCUGAAGCUUGCGACCGCCUUGUUAAGGGUUGCAGAUUAUCUGGACCAAUCGUCGUCGACAACACAGAAGCAGCUAUUCAAGGUGGGCUCCUUGGUGGCUCGACUGUAUGCCGUUCGCGAUGCCUUCAGGUUGCCGUGCCUGACUUUGCUUGGAGCUCUGGUCGAGAGCGCCGGAAAAGGAAACAAUGAGCCACCAUCUCUGCUCGGCUACCUAGGACCCCAAUUAUCCCGGUCCUUCAUACAGAUCCUCUCGAAGCUGGAUAGGCCGCUUGAUCGACUGCCCACAUCGGUCGGCAUCUGGGAGUUCUUCUCCGCCAUCAUGCGGAAUAGACAGCAAUGGAUGGCGAAUUCUCUCCUUACCGGGAAAACACCGCGAGAAGCCUUGCAAGGGGACGGCAGAAUAUCCAAAAUACACCCGGAUUCGGUCCUCAAUACCGCGCUGGAGAGGCUAGCCCACAUAUCUUCCAUGCCGAGUAAGGAAGCUCUGGCAAUUCUGGACUUCUUCAACUCGUCCCAGAACUAUUGGCCAUGGACGAUCUUUGCGAUGCAAAAGGACAACUCCUUCUUGGAGGUCCUCCGAAGCUAUGUCCGUGGCCUCAAAUCCGCGUCUGUGGUUUCCAAGUCAGAUCCAGCGGAGGCUGCCUAUCAGGCGCGGAUAGCUUCCUACAUUGCAGAGACGUUUGCAAUGCAGCUGUACCACCUGCGCCAGAUGGGGAGAGAGGAGAACUUUGCCAGAGAUGUGGUCGACGAUCUCGACUACUUCCUGCGCGAUGGGGUGCAGGUCUCUGGAUACAAUACUUCGUUGCAUGCGAACUUUUCGAAAAAUUUCGCAAACCGGUAUUCCGGGUGCUCGUUGGACGAUUUCAAGACGACAGCACUAGCACCUCGGAGUCUGGGUCCGCAGUACUACUAUGCUCUGGAUUACGCCGACGCCAUGCUGAAGUUUGAUGCCGGCUGGAUCGGCCCACGACGAAAUGGGUUCAGGCACGAGAUGGAGACGGCCAACUUGAACCUCUCUCUGGUCGAUGCCCAAAUAGCGCUUUUCCAUGCUUGGGAGUACCUGCUCCUAGAACUCAGUGUCUGCCUCCUGCCGAAGAACCAGAAGAUCCCCAAGCAGAUGCUCCAAGUCGCAGAGAAGUGCUUGGAGUCUAACCAGACGCCGCAACCGCCCGAUAGCAUAUUCGUACGGAUCACACAGUCGAGGGCCAACCUGGCCCUGACUCUCUUGCAGCGUCUUGCGGACUCGUCCUUGUUACCUAAGGAUAUUACCCAACUCCUCAUGACCGUCUCGGCCGCCCUAAACGGCGUCGAAAACCCCUUUGGUCCGGAGCAAAUGAACUACUUCCGAACACUCUUGAGGAUUCUCUACGUCGUUCUACGGGGAUCAGCCCACUCAGCAAAGUCGGAUGCCACUACCACGGCGUCGUCGAGCGAGACUCCGGUGGCGCUCACCCAGCUAGUGCUUAACAUCCUUGAUCGAAUGGUUGCCCAGGGCUUCCGGUCUCUCGUAACCUUGGUGCACGAGUGCGAGUCCCCAACCGGGCCCGAGGAUAUUGCGCUUAUUACGGCGAUUCUGCAGGCCUGUCUCAGCAUACCCGGGACGGGUCAAUGCCAGACGCAGAUCCUCAACAUCAUGGCCUCUAACGACGUCCUGCACGUUGCCACCUCGCUCUUUUCCUGGGCCGACAAGCUUGCGGACAAGGGCGACCCGGUCUACGGCGAGCUGGCCCUGCUCUUUCUCCUCGAACUCUCCGCACUGCCCGUCGUGGCCGAGCAGCUAGCCUGCGAUGGCCUCCUCAGCCACUUGACGUCGGCCAGCCUCGCAGGGUUCAUGCGCCGAUCGAACGUCUCGCCCUUCUCGGACAACGCGGGAGCGGCGCGGUGCUACGGCGUCUGGGCCAAGGGCGUGCUGCCUCUUCUCCUCAACAUGCUCAGCGCCCUGGGCGCCACCGUCGCGCCCGAGGUCGCCUUCGUCCUCAACCAGUUCCCCAACCUCCUCCGGGCCAGCGUCGAGCGUUUCGAGGCCCCCGGCAUAAGCAGGACGGCGACGCGGGACGCGCCGCAGUACGUGACGCUGCUGGCCGUGUCCGAGGUGCACUCGCUGGCCAUGCUGACGCGGGUGCUGGCGGUGCUGCGGGCGAACAACAACCGCGACAUCGCCGAGGUCGGGUGGGACGGCGGCCCGCUGCUGGAGAACGUCGACUUCUGGCUGACGAGCCGCAAGGUGCUCCGGGAGCGCCUGCUGCCGCUCGGGUCUAGGGAGGCCGACUGGCGGGCCACCAGGGCUGCUGAGGGGAGCGGGUGCGAGAACAGGCUGGAGGAGAGGGUGGUCGCACAGCUGAUGUCGGUGAGGGACGUCCUCAGCGAAGACCUGGAGUAGAGGGGGAUGUCGUUGUGGAGGAAGAAUGGAAAAUCAGAUAAAAGGGGAUAAAAGGGGAAUGCCCACGUAUUAGUGAGGGACCCCGGGUCUGUAUGUAUCAUGAGCGACAGGGCUGUCAGGACUCGAGAGCGAUGGAAUUUGGGAGGCGCAGAGGCAUUGCACGAGGACCACGAAGAGGCUAUCAAACGACCCCCAUUUGUGGACAUGUCAAGAUGCUACGCCUAGGACUAUGUGCAUUCUGAUCAUAGUCUGGCACAAUAAUUAUUCGACUUCAUGCCCGGAUCUCCGUCUUGGAGUUGAAAUUCCUGUUUGUUCUAUGUGGUCAUAUCCGGC